GGGUGGGACUCGAGAUGGCGCACCCCGUGGCUCAGCAGGACACGCUGGCGGUGCCGGAUGCCGAGAAGCACACGGGUCUGAACCAGGACCUGGUGAAGAUCCUGCGGGAGAAUCUGCUGCAGCAGCACCGGCCUCGCAGCGCCCGCCGCUCGCCCUGCUCCGCCUCGCCCCGCCUGUCGCCCCGAAACUCCCCGCGCCUGCUCCGCCGCAUGCUGCUCAACAACAACAUCCACAAACAGAGGCGCUUCACUGUCGCACACACCUGCUUCGAUGUGGACAAUGGAACAUCGUCGGGCCGCAGUCCGCUGGACCCCAUGGCGAGCCCUGGGUCGGGGCUCAUCCUCCAGGCCAACUUUGUCCACAGCCAGCGGCGCGAGUCCUUCCUGUACCGCUCCGACAGCGACUACGACCUGUCGCCCAAGUCCAUGUCACGGAACUCCUCCAUCGCCAGCGACAUUCAUGGAGAUGACAUGAUUGUAACGCCAUUUGCACAGGUGCUGGCUAGCCUGAGGACUGUACGGAAUAAUUUUGCUGCAUUAACCAACUUACAACAAGACAGGGCCUCCAACAAGAGAUCACCCAUGUGCAACCAGCCGCCGAUCACCAAGACCUCCUUCACAGAGGACGCAUACCAGAAGCUGGCCACUGAGACCCUUGAGGAGCUGGACUGGUGCCUGGACCAGCUGGAGACCUUGCAGACCAGGCAUUCAGUGAGCGAGAUGGCCUCCAACAAGUUCAAAAGAAUGUUGAACCGGGAGCUCACGCACCUGUCCGAGAUGAGUCGGUCAGGGAACCAGGUGUCAGAGUUCAUUUCCAGCACCUUCUUGGACAAGCAGCAUGAGGUGGAGAUGCCCUCUCCCCAGACACAGAAAGAGAAGGAGAAGAAGAAGCGGCCGAUGUCCCAGAUCAGUGGGGUGAAGAAGCUAACGCACAGCUCCAGCCUGACUAACUCCAACAUCCCCCGCUUUGGCGUGAAGACUGAGAACGAGGACUCACUGGCCAAGGAGCUGGAGGAUAUAAACAAAUGGGGCCUUAAUGUUUUUAAAGUCACAGAGUUUUCAGGAAACAGACCUUUAACCGUAAUUAUGUACACAAUCUUCCAGGAGAGAGACUUGUUAAAAACAUUCAGAAUUCCAUUAGAUACCUUUAUAACUUACCUGAUGACCUUAGAAGAUCAUUACCAUGGUGAUGUUGCCUAUCACAACAAUAUCCAUGCUGCUGAUGUCACCCAGUCCACCCACGUGCUGCUGUCAACCCCUGCAUUAGAGGCGGUGUUUACAGACCUGGAAAUUCUGGCUGCCAUUUUUGCCAGUGCUAUUCAUGACGUGGACCACCCGGGCGUAUCCAACCAGUUCCUCAUCAGCACCAACUCGGAGCUGGCCCUCAUGUACAACGACUCCUCUGUGCUGGAGAACCACCACCUGGCCGUGGGCUUCAAGCUGCUGCAGGAGGAGAACUGUGACAUCUUCCAGAACCUGAGCAAAAAGCAGCGGCAGUCCCUGCGCAAGAUGGUCAUCGACAUUGUCCUUGCCACUGAUAUGUCCAAACACAUGAACCUCCUAGCUGACCUCAAAACUAUGGUGGAAACCAAGAAGGUGACCAGCUCUGGAGUGCUGCUGCUAGACAACUACUCUGAUAGGAUACAGGUUCUGCAGAACAUGGUUCACUGUGCUGACCUGAGCAACCCCACCAAGCCGCUGCAGCUGUACCGCCAGUGGACCGACCGCAUCAUGGAGGAGUUCUUCAGCCAGGGCGACCGCGAACGCGACCGCGGCAUGGAGAUCAGCCCCAUGUGCGACAAACACAAUGCCUCGGUGGAGAAGUCACAGGUGGGCUUUAUCGACUACAUUGUGCACCCUCUGUGGGAGACGUGGGCGGACCUGGUGCACCCUGACGCCCAGGACAUCCUGGACACGCUGGAGGAGAACCGGGACUGGUACCAGAGCACCAUCCCCCAGAGCCCCUCCCCCGCCCUGGACGCGGCCGACGGGAGCCGCCCGGGCGGGGCCGACAAGUUCCAGUUCGAGCUGACUCUGGAGGAGGACGGCGAGUCGGACACGGAGAAAGACAGCGGCAGCCACGUCGAGGAAGAGGAGGAGGGAGAGGAGGAGGAAGACGAGGAGGAGGAAGAGGACAACAGCUGCAGCGACUCCAAAACGCUUUGCACUCAGGACUCCACUGAGAUCCCACUGGACGAGCAGGUCGGGGUAGAGGAGGAAGAGGAGGAGGAAGAGAAGCCUGCAGGCACAUAGCAGUGUGAACAGCAUCCGAAUGCUCUCACAGCUCUGCAAAGAACACAUCGUAUUUAUACUGACACAUUUUAUUUUCGCCUUGUUCAUUUUUAUGGUGUUUGCUUUUUAUUCUUUAAUAACAGUUCCAAAGCGCAUGUUGCACUCCUCAACCUGAAGCGCACCACCCAGCC